AUGCAAAUAGAGGCCUGGGAAAGACUGGAGGCUGUUCAUUGCUCAUUGAGAGCCCCUGUGUGUUUUCUCAUCUCUGGCAUAAAGCGCUUUGGUGAUUAUCCUUUUAGGAAUAACUCGCCAGGAGAAAAGUUGGGAGUCAACUUUGAAGGCAACAGCUUUGUGUGGAUGCUUAUGGAGCUGGUGGCAAGCUGGGAGAACUACCUUUGGGAAGGGAUGCUUGUUCUAAGACGCCUGGUCCUCCAUAAAGGCUUCAGCCCACCCACAGAGCCUGGGAAAUGGAUACUGUUACAGAAUCAAUGUGUGGAAGUGGCUGUUAUCUUUGGUUAUCUAGCUGUAUGA